AUGAUUGUCUAUUGUUUUGUUUUAAUAAUUUUGCCGUUCACAUUCGCCAGAAGCAUUGUCAAUGAAGGUAUAAACGGUUUGUUGCUGUCUUAGUAAUUACAAAAACGUUCCAAGGUUUGUGUGAGGAAGGCAAAACGUCAUUCUUUGUUAUUGAUAAUGCUAGCCUAAAUUUGGCGGAUUCCAUUCUUUAUAAGGACACCUCAGAGCAAAACUGUUUGAAAACUUGCACACAGAAUAGAGUGAGUUUCAUUUUUCAUUUACGUAUGUAAAAUUCAUGUUGUUUGGAUUGUAGGAUCAGUUCAAGCGGCCAAUAGUGUGUAAUGCAUUCACCUACGAUCAUGCCAGCUUUUCAUGCACAAUUCACCAAGAAAAAGCUGUUCCAGUUGGAUCAGCACAGAUGCAAAUGUCUAUUGGAAAACGAUACUUUGAGAAAAUAUGCCUAUCUCGUGAGUUGCAUUUAUCAUAUCGUAAACUAAAGACCCUUCUUCAGACGAAUUGCCAGAACCAUGCAACCAAGCACAAUUUAUUCGUGUCGAUCAGAGUGUUCUUGUUGGUUACGCUGUCAACAUGACUUUAACAGACAGCAUUGAAUCGUGCGUCUCUCAAUGCGUUCAGGAAUCCGACUGCAAGGUCUCUUAUUAAAAUAAAACUUAUUCUAUUCAUACAAUUUUCAGUCCGCUAUGUAUUUUUAUGAAGACGGAGAAUGCAUUACUAACAAAGAAUCAGCUCUGACAAAACCAUCCGGGUUUACAAAGGAAGAGAGUGAUCGUGUCAUCUACUUCCAGAAUGGAUGUGACGCAAGUGGUGCUAGAAGUAUGUACUAUCGGAGCAUUUUAAAGUACGCUCUGCUGUAAUCGUGAUCUCCCGCCCAGCCCCGAUUAAAAAAAGGGGAAAGUUCUUCUAGAAUUUGAAUGAAAAUAACUGAAAUUUGUUCUGCGGCUGAAAAAACUAGGCCCCGGUGAUCACAAAAAGAGGAGUUUCUAAAUAGAGCGUGUUUACUUUGGAGUGCCCUAAUAUUAAACAUUUUUUACUCUCAAAAUCAAUUUGUUUCCAGAAGUUAUUACAUCCGAAAGUACGGAUGUUUGGGAAAAUGCAUCUAGUUCUAGCUCGAGACAGACAGAAUCAAGGAACGCUCCAGUUGGAGAGAAGGCUACAGAAGGACUGGAACCGAGACCAAGAGUUAUCACCCUCAUCUCGGAAACAACACCAAAACCAGAAUCCGAGGUCGCUGAUGUUGUUGAAAAUGUGUCAGAAAACUAUGAACAGAUAGGAGAAGAGGAAUAUGGUUAGUGAAAAAGUGCCAUGCUAUCUAGUGAAAUUGAUUUCAGAGGAAGGCACGGAAGAACUUUCUGAAGAAACUGACGAAUAUGUAGCCGAAACCACAGCUAUUCCCACGACCACAAUAAUUAGAGAAACUACCGCCAGCCCUCAAACUAGCUUUGAAACAUUCACUAAACCAGUUAAAACUCUCAUUCAAAAGAAAAUCAAAAAGAAUCCAAGAAACUUCGGAUCCAAAACGUACGAAAUUUUAAAGCAACAAGAAACCGGCAAACAACUCAAAACAGAAAAUCUUAUGACCGAUAACGAAGCUAUUGAGGAGGUUUGUAAAAUUAUCUUCUGAAAUUUGAUUUACUGUAAUGAUUGAGAUUAGAGUAGUCGAUCUAAAAAUAAUACAGUUUUCGAAAUUUAUUCAGACAUAUUUCUCCGAAUGGUCUGACUGGACGCCGUGUACUAAGAGCCAGGAGAGACAAGUUAGAAGAAGACGUUGUUUGAAUUUGAGAAAAUGUUUGGGAGCAUUAAUGCAAGUGCAAAACUGUCCAGUCAUCCUUCAAACUUCUAGUAUGUUAUUAUUUCUCUAAUGCUAUGACAAUUGUCAAUUUUUCAGCACCAGAAAAUCGUGAAUCUGUGCGUUCAAUGGUUUCUAUCGAUGGAGAAGAUUACGAUGAACCAAUUGCUGUUGAUAACAUCCCGGUGGAAUCAGUUCCGUCUAGACUUUUGCCAGUCUUGAACGAACAAGUUUGGGGAUUAUGGCAAGGGUCUUGUCAAGUAAUUAUAUUUUUGAAUAGAUACUCUUCCAUCAACAAUUUCGUUUCAGCAAUUUGCUUCUUCGCAACCGUGCAACAAUGGAAACAUGAUUGGAUUUGAGUCCCGUGAAUGCAUAGCCAAAAAUCCAUCUCAAUGCGAAGGACCAUUCUUCCGAUAUUGCACAAUUAACUGUUGA